AUGCCUUUAAAACAAUCUUCAGAUCUUCCUUUAAUUUAUUUUUCGUUCUUUUUGGUCCUUCUUUGUCUCUUGCUGCUGCUGCUGCUGCUGCUGCUGCUGCUGCUGCACCAACCACUCCCUCUGCUGCUGCCGGCCCUCCGCCUCGACUACAAGCGGGAGGUGAGCGGGAAGGCGAAGCUGGGAGUGGCAGCGUUUGCUGACGCGCUGCUGGUCAUUCCCAAAACCCUCGCGGAAAACAGCGGCUUGGAUGUUUACCAAGUCCUUUUGGCGCUGCUCGACAAACACCAGACUUCGCAGCAGCUAGCUGGCCUCGACCUCGACUCCGGCAAGCCCAACGCCCCCGCCCUCGAGGGAAUUUGGGACAACUACAAAGUGAAGAGACAAAUGCUUUCGCUGGCGCCCACGCUGGCGCAGCAGCUGCUGCUGGUGGACGAGGUGUUGAAGGCGGGCAAAUCUAUGGCGAAAAACUAA